UUAUUGCUACUAAAAAUGAUUCGUGCGCUUGUAUUUUUGCUGCUUUUCUUUCACGUGAUACGAUGUUCACCCGAUUGCGACAGUGAAAUGGAUUGUGUCUCUUGCACAAGAACGGAAUCUUGGGAUGGAGACCCAUGUCGCUGGUGUCCGCUUGAUAAUGCAUGCCACGCAUUUGGAUCUUUAGUUAAUUCGUGCAGAAAAGAUCAAAACAUAAUAUUGCCCAACAAUUGCUAUCAGAAAACAUAUGGAGUGUAUAAUGUUAGUAGAGCUUUCGCAAAUACAUUAUUGUCUGCAGUGGCAUAUUCGGACGAUCCACAAAAAUGCAUUGAUGCAAUUUAUCGCGAAGGUGGCUUUAGAUUAGUAAAAGCUGUUGCAAUGCGCUGUGAUGACAUUCCCUUUUUUGAUUACAAAGAGUGUUACGCUUUUAUGACUGUGUCCGAAAAGGAAAAGAUUAUUAGUAUGUCUUUCCGGGGAACAAAUCAAGGACAGCAACUUUUAGAUGAGUUCCUUUCAGUAUUAAUUAUUCCCAAAGUUAAUUACAUCGGUGGUGGGAAAGUUGAGGAGUUCUUUUUGAAUGCGUACAACAAACUAUACCCAUGUGCAAAACAAAGCGUACUUGAACUGUUGGAAUCCUAUCCGGACUAUGAGGUUGUUAUUUCAGGACAUUCUUUGGGUGGCGCUAUAGCUUCUAUAACAGCUACGUCUCUGGUUUACGAAAACAUUGUACGGGCUCAGAAACUGUCACUGUACACGUUUGGAAUGCCUCGAGUUGGUGAUAAAGAGUUCGCUCUUCGACAUGACAUUCUUCUUAAUAACAGCUGGCGUGUAGUCCACCAUCGAGACCCAGUAGUUCAUCUUCCUACUUGCAGUCUUGGUUAUGGGUGCAAAAUACCCGAUGGUCCUUUUCACGCCAAAACAGAAGUGUAUUAUCCGUCUGAUUAUAUGGGUGUAAACAGCUAUUACAGAGUCUGCGAAAACAAUGAAGACGACUAUUGCAGUGACGGUGAUGAUAUAAUCACUUAAAAAGACCAUGAAUAUUAUUUUCAAAUUCCUGUCGGUACUUACUGCGAUGAAUUUACAGGGGAAAGAAGAUCAGCUGCAACAUCAUCUGGCCAUUCUCGUAUGUGGUCGCUAUUGUCGGCAGAAAAAUGCGAAAUAAUCGAUCUAGCGAAUUUAUACAAGUCUCCAAAGGCAAUACGUUCAGGAAACAGCAUGUCAAAGGCUACAUCCGUAUCAUCAUGCUGUAUCAAUCAAAACACUCAUCUAAUAUUCAGUUUGUGU